UGCGAUAUCCCACUAGGCUCUCCUCAUUAUCCCCUUUUUAAUGAGUACUCAUUCGACCCCAAUUCCCAAUGCCGAAAAUCCCGUAUUUCGAAGUUCGAACUCCGAACUUCGACUUUCGGCUUUAUCCCUUAUCCCUUUCAACUCCCCUCACUCCCAGCUCUCGGACGACUACCCUCUUGCCCAUACCUCCCAAUCCCGAAAAUCCCGGAUUUCAAGUUCGACUUCGAACUUCGACUUUUAUCCUUAUACCUUAUCCCUCUAAACUCCCCUCACUCC